GAUGAACAAAAAUUAUUAUUAUUGUUGAUUUUGCCGAAAAUAAAAAACGUGAUUUUGUUAUUCUUAUUUAUUGUAUACAUUUAAUAAACAACAUAUAAAAAUAUUAACAGCCAUUACUAUUAUAAGGAACUAAAUAAGACUAAAUAUAUCUAAGUAUAUAAUGAAUCAAUCUUAGACAAAGAGCAAUGAAUGAGUUGAAUAAGUAAUGUUGGUACUUAGAUUGUUAACAUUGUGAAAACUUAUUAAUUUGUAUCACAUUCAUUUUUAUCUUUGGCUAACCUGUUACAUAAAAAAUACUAAAAUAAAAUGUUAAGUAAUUACAAUUUUCCGAUUUAAUUAUUAUUGCCUGAUUAUCAGAAACAUGUAAAUACUCCAUGACCCUGUUAUUCUCGGCGUCCAUGGAUUUGCAAUAACAGUACCUACGUACAAUAUACCCUAAUGAAUAAGUUAAAACUCAUAAAGGAAAUAUAAUGAGCUAGGUACUUUAUCUACCUAAACCAAUGUGCCCUAUACGAUAUACAUACUCUUUAGAAGAUUUAAAAAAUGUCUCAUAUUGAUCAGGAGAUAUGAAUUUUCAAAAGCUCUUAUUUGCCAGUAGCAAUAUAACCAUACUUUAAAACUGAACACUGUAAAAAUAAUGAAUGAAUCGAUUAGUUAGGUUUAUAAUAAUUAGACCAGAAUUAGCUUAUCACACCCUAGGAAGGCGCAGGGAGGUGGGGCCGGUAAGAAAAGAGAAUUAGGUUGAUAUUUGUAAUGGAUUGUUCAAACAGCCAGUGCUCCCGUUUCGCCGCGCCCCAUACCAAGCCGAAGUAUAGCUGUAUCAGUCAAAUUAUACGAACAAUGGUCACAUGUCAUGUAUGUAUUGAUCAACUUGAGUUAACUGUUAUAAAAAUAUGAUGCUAAUGGAUAUCUUAUAAUGAAAGCUAAACAUGUACAAAAACCUUGAAACAUCAUGAGGUUUUUGGUUAAUUGUACUUCAGGUGUAGGCCCUAAUUUUAUUAAAAAUAAAUUAAUAAGGGUCAUAUUGUUAAUAGUUAUACUUUCUUUGUCUUCAAUCUUAUCAAUUAGAUGUAAUAAAGUUAAGACCCGAAGUAUUAAUUUAGUUAGUGCAGUCAUUUCUUUCUUUACUAUUAUUGUUCUGCUUGCAUGAAGUAAAUCUGUCUCUUCACUAUAUUUCGGCAAACGAUGUCUUGGGCAUGGAAUAAUAUGGAAUAGUUGAGGCACUGAAUACAAAAAGUUUAUAAUUUGUGGCAAAAAAAACAGUAAAACAGUCUUACUAAAGUGACUUAAAAUAGCUACAACUGCAAAUGUCAUUCCAGAAACAUAGCAAAAUGUAUCUCCCACAAACACCUUGGAAGGAUACCUAAAAAUAAAAAAAUAUGUUUGAAUUUUUAUACAAAAAGAAAUCUUAAACACGUAGAAAAAAUGUGUGGGCUUUAUACUGAUCUCCUCGCAGUUCAAUUAUAUCAAAAAGAAUUAUUGAUAAUGCUAUAACAACUGAUUGCCCAACUUCAAGCCCAUUGACUCCAGCCAGUAUGUUUAUAGCAUUUGUACAGAAAACAGCUAACAUUCCCAUGUAGACAUAAUAGAGCACACCUAUAUUGAUGGAAACUCCCAACCAUUGCCUCAAUGGAAUGGGAACCACAAAAGUGGUAGAGUUGAAAUUGACAUAAUACACUACAAGCAAAGGUAGUGAUGCCACUGUUGGAAGCAACAGUUUGUAUCUCCAUCUUAAGUCUAAAACAUCAUCUGCAAACCCAAGGAGCAGCAUACAACAGAUAGACAACAAUCCAGCCAGUACUUCAGCAAACUCAUUGUGAGGAAAGUGUUGUGUGUCCAUCAAGCCAUUGCCAAAAACAACGGGAAUAAAUAGAAAACUUGUUAUUAAAAACACACAACCAGAUACAACACCUAUAGCUUCUGGGAUUUUCUUCUUACUAGUUUUACAUAAAUCUAUUCCAAACAGACCGGCUUUAACAAACAAGUCUGUAAGAUUAGGUAUUAAUUCAUCUGUGAUAAGGAAGGCGAUCACCGAUAGUAUUGAAAGAAUUAUAAUUUCCCACAUCUUCCAGGUUAUAUUAGAAAAAUAUCAUUGGGCAAUGGUUCAUGGAUUUUCGUGUUUUUUAAAGUAAAUAACACGAUAACACACACGUCAAGUUAAACUUGACGGUACCUACUUAUGUUGACGUUUUAGUCAUCAAUUUGACAUUUCAUAUGACGUUUAAAGCACAGGCGAAAUAAAGUGUGCUCCUUUGCCUCCUUUUCAAUAAUAAUAAAAAAGUUCUACAAACGAACAUUUCUAUUUACCGUCAGUGUCAAUUACGUUUUACGUCAAAUGCAAUAGUCAAUGCCACAUCGGGUACCUAGGACCUAUCAAAUCAAGUUUAUUAAAAAUAAACUCGUUUCAUAAUCAUAAUAAUAAUAUCAUAACACAAGUUGCAGAAGUGAUUAAAAUAACUAUAUAUUCUACAAUAAUUAGUUAUUUGGUCUUUAAUUAGCAAUAGAUAUUUAUAAAUUACUACAAAAUGAGCACCAUGGACGAAAUAGAAGAUGAGGCAAAAGCAGCAGCCGAAAAAAUGGUAAUGAAUAUGAUGCAGAGACCGGGGCAGCUAGAAAAGGUAAGGAAAGAAGUUCAAUAUUACGAGUAUCACUGUUAAUUUAUCCUUUAUAUUUUGUAGAUAUUAUUUGUCCUUUACAUUUGCGUUUCGCCUGUCCUUUUGGACCCUGUCAAAUGAUAUUACCGUAAAAAGUGGGCGUUUAGUGGAUAAGAAGAAGAAUCUGUUUUAUUAAAAUAAUAUCAUUGUUUUAUCAAACAUAGAACAGCAGCAACACCCAUUAAAAGUCGAAAAAUGUUUAUUAUGCUCUUAAAUUUGCAUUGUAUGUUAGAUAAGUAUUUUAUUAACUAUACCCUAUUAUUGAUUGACUGGAUCCCAUUUAAACCUCUGAAAUUAAAGGUGGAACAUUAUAAGAAAAGAAUAACUCACAAGAAGGCAUCAAUAGAAGCUCAAUUAAAAUCAGCAGUGCAAGGCAAGCUGGACGGAGUAAGUGUUGGUUUGAAACAAUUGCAGGAGUGUUUAGAAGAUGUGCAACAAGUGAGUCUGAAAAUGGAUGAACUGGAAGAACUUUUAAAGAGUGUGCCACCCCUUGUGGCAUCCCUACAAGCAGUCAGAGAGGAAGAUUCUCGUCAUUCACAGUAUGUCACUGCCAUGGACAGCCUCAAACACAUAUUCACUGUGCCAGAAAGUGUGGCUAAAACUAAACAAUGGAUAGGAGAAGGCAAACUUCUACAUGCUCAUCAAUGUUUAAAUGAUUUAGAAAACUCCAGAGAUGAUCUACUAUAUGAGCUGCAUAGAUUACCUAACCAAUCAUCACAUGAUAAAAUAAUGUUAAAAGCAUAUUUUGAAGAUGUUGAAAUGGUUUCAAAUUUACUUGAAAAGCAGAUAAAACUUAUUUUAGCAAGAACUUUGAAUACUGUUCGUAAAGAACCCACCGUUAUUGUUACAGCCUUGAGAAUUAUAGAGAGAGAAGAAAAAAGAGACCAGAUGGCAUUACAACAACAAAGCCAAACCGGAUUUAUGCCACCAGGCCGCCCUAAAAACUGGCGUGCCAAAGCGUUCGAAGUUUUAGAAUGUGCAGUAGCACAGCGUAUAGAAGGCACACGCGUCGACGAGCGUGAGAAUAACAAACUGUGGUUGGUUCGAUACCUUGAACUAACUAGACAACUCAUAUUGGAAGAUUUGCGGGUUGUCAAAACAUUAUGUGUACCUUGCUUCCCACCACAUUAUGAUAUUGUGAACAAGUAUGUCAACAUGUAUCACAUUUGUUUAUCUGCAAGUCUUCAAGACGUAGUUACAGGUGGUAUAGAAGGCAACGAAUAUGUUACACUUUUAUCCUGGGUAUUAAAUACAUACCCCGGAAAUGAAUUGAUGGGCAGUUCAGAGUUAAAUAUUGAUGUAUCAACUUUACCACCUUUACUUAGUAAAGAAACAAUGCAAAAGUUACAAGAUGAAUACUUACAGAAAAUGGAAUCAAACUACAUGGAAUGGAUGGAAAAGACUUUGGAAUCGGAGCGAGCAGAGUGGGCGGGUCAACGCGCGCCUGAAGUGGAAUCGCAUUCUACUGCGUACCACACACACGCGCCUGUCAUCAUCUUCCAAAUGAUUGAUCAGAACUUGCAGGUCACUGAAACUAUAAGCAAGGAAAUAACGUUUAAGGCGUUGCUCCUUAGUAUUGAUCAAGUUACACGCUAUGGGAAUAUGUACAGAGAUGGAGUUAUACAAUUCAAGAACGCCCAUUUUGCUGAUCGAUCGCGCGUGGCGUACUUUACUCACCACAUGAUCACGAUCGUGAACAACAGCGAGCAGAUGGUGCGGCUGGCGCAGCAGACGCAGGCGCGGCAUUGGCCGGCCGGCCGACACGACCCGCCCGCUGAGGCCAAGUUCGAUAAGAUGCUUAACACUUUCCAGAAUUUAAGAGAUGAAGCCGCACAAUUUCUUCUGGAGGAAGCAUUUCUUGACCUGGAAGUGCACUUCGAUGACCUAUUUACAGCGAAAUGGUUGCCGUCCACCAUCCCUGUGGAUACUAUAUGUAUAACACUUGAUGACUACUUCCAAGACUACAAUCAUUUGAGAGAUAAGAAUUUUGAGUAUGUUAUAAACGAAGCUCAAAACUUGGUAUAUAAGAAGUAUAUUACAGCAAUGUUAUCCAAAAAAGUUGCUUUCAAAAACGUGGAGGAAGCUCAGCAAGCUGCUACUAAAAUAGUCAAGGAGGCGAACCAAAUAAGAUCGUUCUUUAAGAAAAUAGCACCCGAGGGUGUUAAUGUGGACUGGCCUUUUGAAGUCAUUAGCAUGCUAGCAGAGGUACUGCGGUGCCAGGACGUGGAGAUGUUGUCGCUGGACCUGCACAGCGUGGUGGCGAAGUGCCCCGACAUGUCGGAGGAGCAGCUGGUGCGGCUGGUGUGGCUGCGGGGCGACGUGCCGCGCGCGCGUCUGCGCGACACCGUGGCCAUCGCGCGCGCCAGCCGGCCCCCACCCCGCGCCAACUCACACCCCUCACUCUUCAAACACAUCACCUUCAGCGACCGCCUGCUCUCACACUUUAAUCUAUAGAAGACCAUGCCUACAUUUCUAUACAUAAUUAUUCAAAUCUAUCACGCCCGUACUCUUUUAUGUAAACAACGUUUUCUAUUGUUUAAUUUAAACAUUAAUCUGACAUAUUAUUAUAUCUUGGAUUAUCGUCUGUAAUAGGUAAGAUUUGUGAAAUAAAAAGAAAUCGAAAAUAAACACAUUUGUGAAGAUGUGUCACUAAUGUAGCACAUUCCAAUAAACGUAAAAGAGUAAUGCACAACGAGGAAUCAAAUCUUUCAAUCGAUUGUGUGCUGUAGGCAUAGGAUGCUUGUAUAUUAUAAUUUAUAAUUAAAAUAUAUAACUAAGUUAUAAACUUAUAAGUAUAAAUGUAUAAAUAAAUAAUUUAUCAAAUAUAUUUAUUUAAUAUGUA